AACUUUAAAAAAAAGAAGGAAAAGAAGCAACAACUGCGUUCAUCAGUGAUGUUUUUGUGUUUUGUUUAAAAUUCCAUUUACUCGUUGGCAUACUAAUAAAUCUUCUAUUCACUGGUCGCUUUUUGUGCUUUAAUUAAGAUUAUAAAUCAAACAUUAUUUAAAGAGAGCGAUUGGUUUCAAAAUAGAGUUGAAAACGUUGCAACGUGUUUUAUACGUAACAGGUUUUUAAACACCUGACUUCCGCUAUUAAAUUUAAUUGAUAUGUCUAGUUCUGCCAGGAAAAGUGCUUAUGUGUUUGAUUACAGGAUAACAUUUUUAGGGGGAGAAAAAGUUGGCAAGUCAACAUUGAUUAACCAAAUUGUUAAAAAAACAUUUAUCGAACAGUAUACGCCUACUGUUUCAAAUUAUAUUACGCAUAUAGUAGAAUUGGAAGGUUAUGCACAUGUCUGCUUGAUAACUGAUACAGCUGGAGUAGAAGAUUUUCCAGCAAUGAGAAAACUCGCAAUAUUAAAAGGAAACGCUUUUGUAGUUGUGUAUGCUGUUGACAACCGAAGUUCAUUUGAAACAGCAAAGAAAAUUCUUCUCCAAAUAAAGCACCUUAAAGAAUCUGAUGAAGAAACUCGAGUUGUUCUCGUUGGUAAUAAAAGUGAUUUAUCGCGCGUUGUUUCGUUUGAAGAAGGACUCGAUUAUUCAAAACGUUUAGAUGAAGAACAUUUUAGAAGUGCAUUUGUUGAGUCUUGCGCUAAAGAAAUUGAAUCUUCUGAGAAUAUUAUAAAUACAACUUUAAACUUGUAUUUGUCUCCAAAAAAUUAUUUUCAAAAUAUUGGCUCAUUUAACCAAUUUUCUCGUCAACGUUCGUUUAAAUCAAUUAACAAAAAAAAUGGAAACUCGGCUAAAAAUCUGAGUGUGUCAGAUAAUAAUUGUGAAAAAGAAGAAAUAAUUUUACCUUGUAAUAAACAUCACCCAAGAUUUCAGAAACGCUCGAUAAGUCAACCAAAUAUAAAAACUACCGCAAAUAUAGACACACUUUUGGCAAAAAAUACUAAAUUAAAAGUUUUGGAUAACAUCAGAAGAGGUUCCUUACCACAAAAACUCUUAUCACACACAGUAUAUCGUAUUCGUUCAUGUAGUAUAAGCAACUCACCAAGUUCAACUUCAAUAAGUAGCCGUGAAAGUGACGAACCUAAUCAAGAUUUAGAAAAUAUUAUUCUUGCUAUUCCAGAACUAAACUCAUUAAAACCUAAACAUAAAAACUCAAUAAACAAAAAAAUGCGAAACAUUUUCAGAUACUUCAAACCAGAUUUAACUAUAUCAUAAAAGUUUAAUAAAAAGCUGAAUAAUUGAAAAAUUCUUAAUAUAUGUUUAAUGGUAUGAAAUUUUUAACGAUUAGUUUCGGGCUUUGUACGUUAAAGAAUGACAAUAUAAAAAUUGUAAAAACAUUUAAAUUUAAAGACAAGUUAAAAGAUAUACAAAACGAUAUUAAAUAUUUUAUUUAUGUGAAGCACAUUUAAAAACUUAAA